UUAUCUUCUCUCUCUCUCUCUUCAAGGUUUGGGAUCCAUCCGAAGCUCUUCAGUUCCUGAAGCUAUACAAUUUGUCAUUGACAGCCAAGUGUCUGGGAAUGCAGAAAGAUGUGCUUGGACGCUGAUUUUUCCUUCUUCAAAGCCUGUGAGAUUGUACAUCAAUUGAGGGUGCCCCAACUUGUUCUUGAUAAUGUUGGACACCCAGAUCCGAGCACAUUUAAUAUUUGUACUCAGAUGCACAAUGAAGCCACAAGGUAUAAUCUAGCUGGUAAUGUCUUGAUGCCAAGAUAUGAUUUUGGGAGAUUAUUAGGCCAAGGAAACUUUGCUAAGGUUUACUAUGGGAGAAAUCUCAAAUCUGGCCAGAGUGUGGCCAUAAAGGUAAUUGACAAAGAGAAGGUUCUGAAGGUUGGGCUGAUCAAUCAGACCAAGCGAGAGAUUUGUGUCAUGGGAAUGGUAAAGCACCCAAAUGUGGUGCAGCUUUACGAGGUUAUGGCCACCAAAACCAAGAUUUACUUUGUCAUGGAAUAUGCCAAAGGUGGUGAGCUCUUUAACAAGGUGGCCAAGGGAAGGCUCAGGGAAGAUGUCGCUCGGAAGUAUUUCCAACAAUUGAUUUGUGCUGUCGAUUUUUGCCACAGCAGGGGUGUUUAUCACCGGGAUUUGAAACCAGAAAACCUGCUGCUGGAUGACAAUGGAAAUCUGAAGGUAUCAGAUUUUGGAUUGAGUGCACUUUCUGAGUCUAAGCACCAAGACGGGUUACUCCACACAACAUGUGGGACCCCGGCCUAUGUUGCUCCUGAAGUGAUAAACAGAAAAGGCUAUGAUGGGCCCAAAGCUGAUAUCUGGUCUUGUGGGGUGAUCUUAUUUGUUCUACUGGCUGGUUACCUCCCAUUCCAUAAUUCAAAUCUUAUAGAGAUGUAUAGGAAGAUAAGCAAGGGUGAGUACAAAUGCCCUAAUUGGUUUCCAUCAGAAGUGCGUAGGUUCCUGUCAAAGAUACUUGAUCCAAACCCAGACACUAGGAUUAGCAUUUCCAAAAUUAUGGAAAAUCCUUGGUUUAGAAAAGGUUUGAACUGCAAUUACGUAAGAACCAAAGUGGAAAGCAAGGGAAAGGUUCCACUAAAUGCUGAUCCUGUUUCUGGUCCUUCUGGUAAUAACAUUGCUGCUACUAAGGCAAAACUGGAGUUGGCAAAGCCAGCUAAUUUGAAUGCCUUUGAUAUUAUCUCUCUCGCAACAGGGUUUGACUUGUCUGGUUUGUUUGUGGAAAAUGACCAAAAGGAGGAGGUGAGAUUCACAUCCACACAGCCUGCCUCAGCUAUCAUAUCCAAAAUUGAGGACAUUGCUGGGCAUCUGGGGCUGAAAGUAAAGAAGAAGGAGGGAGGAUUGUUGAAAUUGGAAGGAUCAAAUGAAGUUAUUAAUGAUCCAUUGUCCAUCGAUGUGGAAAUAUUUGAAAUCACACCAUCCUUUCAUCUGGUGGAAUUGAAAAGGUCUUGUGGUGAUACAUUUGAGUAUCAAAAGAUGUUGAAGCAGAAUAUAAGACCAGGUCUUGAGGAAGUUGUUUGGGCCUGGCAUGGUGAGACACGAAAUCAAGAGCAAGGAUGAUGACUACACCAGCUGCUAUCUUUCGAUAUGUUCUUAUCAGAAGUUGUCUGAUGUUUGUAUAGGUACUUCACCAUAAUUUGCAAUUUGUUUAAGCUGUGAUUCCUUGUGACAGUUAGUGUUUGUGAGUUUGUUAAGGUACGUGGCCCGAAGGAAUCUUCUUAUUGUUUCAGUUGUGAGCCUUCUUUGUUAUCUAAUAUCAAUUACCUGUAUUGUGG